CACUGCCUGGCCUACCUCAGUAUUUCGGCGACCCAGUUUUCUAUAUUAAGAUUAUAAAAAAUGAACGUGUUUAAUUGAUUUCGCAAUUAUUUCCUUCCCCCGUCCCGAAUUUAAUUUCUUAUUAAAGAUACAUUUUUGCUAGGUCUUCAACUUGAAGGAGAUGAUGCAGAAGAUGGGUUCACUUCACCGACCACUUAUUAGUCCGCCGCCCUCCCCGAAACAAGCCACAAAUCAUACUUUUCUGGUUAAAAGCUGCCGAUUGGUGGGAUUCAAAGGGUCUCCCGGUCAGCUAAAGACACAAAAAUCCAACGCAUUGAAAUGUGGCUUCAGUUCUUCCUUCAAAUUUAGUACAAGCAGCAUGGCCAAGAACUUCAAUGAAAGUGAUGAAUAUUCUUUGAGUUCCCCUUCAGUUAAAACGGAUGAGGUGAUUUUGUUGGAUUUUUGGCCCAGCAUGUUUGGAAUAAGGGUCAGGGUUGCGUUGGCAGAGAAAGGAAUCGAGUAUCAGUUGAAAGAAGAGGAUUUAAGGAACAAGAGUGAUUUGCUUCUGCGGAUGAACCCUGUUUAUAAAAAGAUCCCAGUUUUCAUUCACAAAGGAAAACCCAUUUGUGAGUCAUCCAUCAUUGUGCAAUACAUUGAUGAAGUGUGGAAGGAUAAAUCGCCUCUGCUUCCUUCUGAUCCUUAUCAGAGAGCUCAAGCUAGAUUCUGGGUUGAUUAUAUUGACAAGAAGGUAUUUGAUGCUGGCAGGAGGACAUGGUACACAACAGGAGAACAACAGGAAGCAGCAAAGAAGGAAUUCGUUGAAAUUAUUAAACAGCUGGAAGAGCAGCUUGGAGACAAGCCUUACUUUGGGGGUGAGACCCUCGGAUAUGUAGAUGUAUGUUUGAUCCCAUACUAUUGUUGGUUUUACACAUAUGAAACAAUGGGCAAGUUCAAUGUAGAGACAGAGUGCCCCAAAUUCAUUGCUUGGGCUAAGAGAUGCAUGCAGAAAGAGAGCAUUUCUAAGACACUUCCUGAUGAGAAGAAGGUGUUUGGCUUUUGCUUAGAUUUGAGGAAGAAGUUUGGCUUGGAGUAGAGGAAUAGCGCAAGGCAUGAGCAAAUUAGACAACAAGUACAAGAAAAUGAUGUCAAGUUAGUUGUAUGAUGCUGCAUGCAGUGUUUAAUUUGACUUGGGUUUUACUUUCUCCAUGAGCCAAUGAGCCUUGUUCUUGUCAUAUUUAGAAAAUGAACUGUAACAAAAGACAGUUAGUUGGCCUCCAUUUGCUUCUUUUUAACCUCUUUUUCGCCAUUGUAUAACUAAAGCAUAAUUCUUAAAUUAUUUUAACUUUAA